AUGGUGGAUGAAGAUGAAAAGCAAGCAGUCAGGAUGCCAGAAGAAGCAGCUGACAUAGGAUGCCAAUGGCAGGCUGGGGAAACAAAGGAGGCAAGAGAAACAGACUUCAAGUACUCAACAUUUUUGGAAUGGGCUGUACUACAUAUACAUUCUGGGACAGUGUUCAAGACUAUUCUGCAUGGAGAACAAGUUUUAUUGAAAAUAUGUGACUUGUGGCAACAUCCAGACUAUGAAAAGGAGGGAGAUUGUGUUCCAAGGUUCGAGGGUGCUGGAUACACUGCUGGUGGACUAUUUACCAUUGCAACAGAUAUUGUUGGUAGGCCCCUGGAAGAUGCAGAAAUCAGGAGUAUCUGGUGA